GUGUGGUGGUAUCAGUGGUGUCAGGGACGGCCUAUCCUCCACAUCACAUGACCGUCCUCAGUCUCAGUCCCUCAUACUGUCUAUCCACGCGGCUUCCUGCCUCACUCCCUCACACCACAACGCCAUGAGAGCACUACGCGUCCUCCUGGCUGGCCUGGCAGUGUGCGUGCUGUCAGGAGAGAGUGCAUUGCUAGGAACCAAGAAGUGCACUUAUGGUCCUGGCUACUGGUGUGAUUCACUUGUCAAUGCAAAAGAGUGCAGUGCUGUUAGACACUGCAUCCAGACUGUGUGGGAGAAGCAGAGACUGCCAGAAGACAAUGAUGACAUCUGCACUAUUUGCAAGAAUAUGGUUCAGGAGGCAAGAGAUCAGCUCCUCAGCAAUGAAACACAGGAGGAAAUUCAAGAAGUCUUGGAGGGCUCGUGCCGCCUAAUACCAAUCAAGGUGGUGUCUGAUGAGUGUGUCGACUUAGCUGAUGAAUUCAUUCCAGAACUUAUUGAAACGUUAGCCUCUGCAAUGAACCCUCAAGUAGUAUGUGCAACUGCUGGCCUCUGUAACUCCAUCAGGAUUGACAGGUUGCUGCAACAAUACCAGGAGAGUCAACGUACCGAGUCCAAUGAGAUUAUUCCACAUAAACAAGUUCAGCAUCCACAGCCAGGCGAUUGCGAGUCCUGCAAGGAUUUCGUUUCACGCACUAUCCGCCUAGUGAAAACUCAUUCCCGUUCUGAGUUGAUGGACCGCUUGUUUGCCAUAUGUGGACAUCUUGGAUCCAUUUCUGAUGGCUGCAUGGCUCUUGUCGAGACCAAUUUUGAUGACAUCUACCGUUUCCUCACCGAACAGCUGACCCCCAACGAUUUUUGUGACCUUGUUGAAAUGUGCGAGCCUAGAAUGCACCAGAGUGACUUCUACCAGAAACCUGCUCUGCCGCACAGCGGAGAUGAACCAUGUGACUUCUGCCAGGCAAUGGUACAGCACUGGCGAGAUAUUCUCACUUCAAAAACUACUGAAGAAGAAUUCAAACAGAUUUUGGAUGGGUUGUGUCGACAGACUGGCAGUUUUAAGCAGAAUUGCCUUUCACUCGUUGAUGAAUAUUAUCUUCCACUGUACAAUCUCUUGGUGUCUGAAAUCCACCCAAAAGAAAUUUGUGCAGCUGUUGGACUCUGUGGCGCCACCUCAGUGUUUGCUAUGGAGCAUCCUGUAUGGCCAUUGCUUGAUGUACGUCAGCCAAUCACGGUACCCCAAACACCACUAACAGCUGCUGUACGGGUUGCUUCAGAACCUGGUUAUGCAUUGGCAGGUGCCGACGAAGCUGCUAGUAUCAAUUUAGAAGAAAGAGUGCAAGAACCGCAUCUGCCACGUGUGGCCCUUUCAAAGGCUUCAAUUGAUGUUGUGCCAGUGGGAACAAAUGGUGUCAUUGGUGCUGCUCUUGGCAAGGGUCAUGUUGGAGACAACAAGUGUGUUAUGUGCGAGUUUGCACUGCACUUCCUCCAGAAUAUGCUUGAACAGAAGGACACUCGUAAGGACAUUGAAGAUGCAAUGGAACAGCUGUGUGAAAUGAUGCCACGCACAAUUGCGGAGGAGUGUGAAGAUUAUGUUGAAGCUUAUGGGGAACAGGUCAUUGAGCUACUUGCUCAGAAAAUUGAUCCAUCACUGAUUUGUCCAAUGCUGCACCUGUGUCCAGGUGUCACAAGGAGUGAAGUGUCAAGCACCAGGGUAGAUGCAUCGUGUGCUAUGUGCGAGUAUGCUCUGACCACACUGGAAGACUAUUUGAAGAAGAAUAAGACUGAGACCGACAUUCGCAAGGCUCUGGAAGAAUUGUGCUCCGUACUGCCGACAACUGUUAGUGAAGAGUGCCGGACAUUUGUUGAUACCUACUCUGAACAGAUCAUUCAGAUGUUGAUCGAUAAUCUCUCUCCUGAUCAAGUGUGUAUUAAACUUGGACUCUGUCAGCCCAAAGAAUUACCCAAACUGGAUAGUACUCACCAGCUUCCAAUUUCACGCAUGUUUAUGGUAUCCAAUUCCAUAGAUAAGAUAAAUAAAGGUGCUGAGGCACCCAAGAUGGGACAGUCUGCUGUGUGUGUGCUCUGUGAACUAACAAUGAUGCAACUGGACCAGUUUCUCUUGAGAAAUGCUACCAAGAAUGAAAUCAUUGAAGUUGUAGACUUUAUAUGUGCCCACAUACCAGGAACACUCCAGGAUGACUGUAUUGGUUUUGUAGAGGAGUAUGGUGAUGCGAUUAUCAAGCUCCUGGUUAAUGAGAUGAAUCCCAAGGUUGUCUGCCAACAAAUUAAACUUUGUAAACCACCUUCAUUCACAGGUCUGAGGGCUAUGGCAAAUUUACAGCUAGACAAGUGCCAAGUGUGCAAAGGUGUAGUUAGUUAUGUGGAUGAGAAGUUGAAGGACGGAGAGGCCACCACUACCAUCGACACCAUACUGGAAGAAGUGUGCAGGUUGUUCCCUCAAAAUACAAAGGAGCAGUGCCGCAAUAUAGUUGAAGUGUACGGACCUUACUUGGUGAACCUGCUUGCUGAACUUGGUAAUCCGGAGAAAGUUUGCCAGGAAAUAGAAUUGUGCCCUAAUAAUUCACCUGUGCGGCUUCUGGGAGGCGACAAGUGCACUUGGGGUCCAUCCUACUGGUGCCAGACUCAGAUGCAUGCUGCCGCCUGUAAGGCUACAGUACAUUGUCAAACAAAAGUAUGGAAGAGAGUCGUUCCUCAAAUUUAAAUAAAGGGUUUUAAUCUACACUGCUUCACCCUCAAGACAAUAUCAUGAUAUCGGAAGGAUGUGAUUUUUUUUUUUAAUGAAGACGGGAGCUAUCUGGAAAAAAAAAUGUCACUUGCAUUGUGUUCAGGGAACUGAUAAUGAUAUUUCACUGCAUGGUCAGUGGUUAAUGCUAAUUUGACAAAUCUCUGAUGGAACCAAUUUAAUGUGGUAAUGUCCAACCCUAUUUACAGUGCAUCUGUAAUGGUAUGUAUGUUAAUACAAGACGUUUGUUUUUGUUUUUUUGGAGUGAAAUGAUAGUGUAUGGUUUUAGAAGUUAAUAAUGUCUUCAGUUAUUGCAUCAUUUCAUAUAACACUAAUUUAAUCAGAUCCAGCUUUUAUUUAAAAAAAUUAGUUUUGUCUGGAUUUUCGUGUGAUUUGUGUAAGGCUUUUGUUACAAGUAUUAUUCAGACACAUUGUGGGAUACUUACCUUGUGUAGGUAAGGGAUUGUUUAAAGAAAAAACAAGAGAUCUUGAAUAGACUACCCAAGAGUUGUGAAACGGUUUUGGUCGCUAGUUUUAACUUCUUUAAUAGAUGUUAAUGCUACGCCAAUGUUAAAAUUUUAUACCGCCUUUUUACUGUUACGUAUUUUAAAAGAUUGUUAAUGUCAGUAUAUUAGUUACUGGAGAAAUGAGUUAAGCAGUUACAUACGUUGUAAAUUAUUCGUGAUAUUCAAGUACUGAUGUUAAGCUUGAAGAAAAUGUAACCUAUUGUUUUCUAUAUAAUGGUUAUUACUAAAUGCAUUUUAUAAAUUUAGUGUGUUAGCCUUGUGUAUCCUUAUGUAUGCGUGUCAUGAUUAUGAUGCACUUGGAUUUUGAAAACUUUUGUUUGUAUUCAUAGCCGUGUCAGAAAUUGAGUAAGUCUUCUACAUAUAUACACACGCAGCUUUUUUUCUGCAGCAUGUGAUGCAUACGUAUAUCGGUUCAUAGUAAAUUUUUAUAUCCUGUAUAGCAUAUUUUAUUGUAUUUACAUAAUAAAGGAUACACUCA